GGCCCGGACGCGGCGGGAGCAGGGCCCGGGACGGGGCGCCCGGCCUUGCCCGCGGCUCCUCGCCCAGACAAGUUUGAACAAUGAUCGCAGUCAACCCGGAGGGGAAGAUAAUGGUCAGAAGAUGCCUGGUCACCCUGAGACCCUUUCGGCUCUUCGUCCUGGGCAUCGGCUUCUUCUCACUGUGCUUCCUGAUGACGUCUUUGGGAGGCCAGCUCUCUACGCGGCGCCCGGGGGACUCCCCCUUCACCAUCCGCACAGAAGUGCUGGGUGGGCCGGAGUCCCGAGGCGUCCUGCGCAAGAUGAGUGACCUGUUGGAGCUGAUGGUGAAACGCAUGGACGCGCUGGCCCGGCUGGAGAAUGGCAGUGAGCCGCACCGGGCUGCUGGUGACGGGCACCUUGCCGUGGACAGGUUUCCCCCUGGGGCCGGCCUCAUGGAGCGGAUCCAGGCCAUCGCCCAGAAUGUCUCGGACAUCGCCGUGAAGGUGGACCAGAUCCUGCACCACAGCCUGCUGCUCCACAGCAAGGUGUCUGAAGGCCGGCGGGACCAGUGUGAGGCGCCUAGUGACCCCAAGUUCCCCGACUGCUCAGGGAAGGUGGAGUGGAUGCGCGCCCGCUGGACGUCUGACCCUUGCUACGCCUUCUUCGGGGUGGACGGCACCGAGUGCUCCUUCCUCAUCUACCUGAGUGAGGUCGAGUGGUUCUGCCCCCCGCUGCCCUGGAGGAAUCAGACAGCCGCUCGGACGGCCCCCAAGCCCCUCCCCAAAGUCCAGGCAGUUUUCCGGAGCAACCUGUCCCACCUCCUGGAGCUGAUGGGCAGUGGGAAAGAGUCUCUAAUCUUCAUGAAGAAACGGACCAAGCGGCUCACGGCCCAGUGGGCACUGGCUGCCCAGAGGCUGGCGCAGAAGCUGGGAAGCGUCUGGAGGGACCAGAAGCAGAUCCUUGUUCACAUUGGCUUCCUGACGGAGGAGUCUGGUGACGUGUUCAGCCCAAGGGUGCUGAAGGGCGGGCCUCUGGGGGAAAUGGUGCAGUGGGCAGACAUCUUGGCCACUCUCUACAUCCUGGGCCAUGGCCUGCGGAUCACAGUGUCCCUGAAGGAGCUGCAGAGUAACUUAGGGGUGCCGCCAGGCCGGGGGAACUGCCCGCUCACCAUGCCCCUGCCUUUCGACCUCAUCUACACCGACUACCACGGCCUGCAGCAGAUGAAGCAGCACAUGGGAUUGUCCUUCAAGAAGUAUCGAUGCCGAAUCCGGGUCAUUGACACCUUCGGGACAGAACCCGCGUACAACCAUGAGGAAUACGCCACGCUGCACGGCUACCGGACCAACUGGGGUUACUGGAACCUCAACCCCAAGCAGUUCAUGACCAUGUUCCCUCACACCCCGGACAACUCCUUCAUGGGCUUCGUGUCUGAGGAGCUCAACGAGACGGAGAAACAGCUCAUCAGAGGCGGCAAGGCCAGCAACGUGGCCGUGGUGUACGGCAAGGAGGCCAGUAUCUGGAAGCUCCAGGGGAAGGAGAAGUUCCUGGGCAUCCUAAGCAAGUACAUGGAGAUCCACGGCACCGUGUACUAUGAAAGCCAGCGGCCCCCCGAGGUCCCGGCCUUCGUGAAGAACCACGGUCUCCUGCCACAGCCCGAGUUCCAGCAGCUGCUGCGCAAGGCCAAGCUCUUCAUAGGGUUCGGCUUCCCCUACGAGGGCCCCGCCCCGCUGGAGGCCAUCGCCAACGGCUGCGUCUUCCUGCAGGCCCGCUUCAGCCCGCCCCACAGCUCCCUCAACCACGAGUUCUUCCGAGGCAAGCCCACCUCCAGAGAGCUCUUCUCCCAGCACCCCUACGCGGAGAGCUUCAUCGGCAAGCCCCACGUGUGGACCAUCGACUACAACAACUCGGAGGAGUUUGAAGCGGCCAUCAAGGCCAUCAUGAAAACCCAGGUAGACCCCUACCUGCCCUACGAGUACAGCUGCGAAGGGAUGCUGGAGCGAAUCCACGCCUACAUCCAGCACCAAGACUUCUGUGCAGCCCCAGGCCCUGCCCCGCCAGGGGCCCGAGCCCCACAGAGUCCCUUUGUCCUGGCUGCCAACGCCACCCACCUCGAGUGGGCCCAGAACGCCAGCUCGGCCCCCGGGGCCUGGCCCCCAGCACACUCCCUCCGGGCCUGGCUGGCCACUGCUGGGAGGGCCUGCACCGACGCCUGCCUGGACCGUGGGCUGAUCUGCGAGCCCUCCUUCUUCCCCUUCCUCAACAGCCGGGACGCCUUCCAGAAGCUGCAGGUGCCCUGUGACAGUACCGAGUCGGAGAUGAGCCACCUGUACCCGGCCUUCGCCCAGCCCGGCCGCGAGUGCUUCCUGCAGAAGGACCCCCUGCUGUUCAGCUGCGCAGGCUCCAGCACCAAGUACCACCGGCUCUGUCCCUGCCGAGACUUCCGCAAGGGCCAGGUGGCCCUGUGCCAGGACUGUCUGUGAGGGCACCGCCCGGCUGGCCCUCCCCGCCGCAGGAGAAAGCACCAGCAGAUUCCGAGCUCCAGCGACCCGCCCUCCCCUCGACGCCCCCCCCCCCCCAAGCUGGAGCUUCCUUCCUUGGCCAGGAAGUGGGCAGAGCAGACAUGUGCAUGGGGGGGGCAACUUGUCCAGGUGCCAGGUGCCCCCCCACCCCAGGCAGGCUCCUCGUCCUCAUCCAGGGGCUCAGGACAGCGUGGUGGCCAAGCCGAGGGGCCCCCUGGCAGGAGCCGGUGGUCAGGACCCCUUGCUUUGUGCAGGGCCAAUGCCGGACAGAUGGAGAGGGGGCCCUGGUCCUUCUUAGGCCCAGGAUGGGGCCGUAGGAUGUGCAGGGAGGGCCCAGGGGCCGUGUUGCCCAGUGACCCACUGGAGGGUCCAGAGAGUGAUGUGUGAGGGGUCAGUCCUGUCCCUCUGCGGUUGUCUGGGGGUGGACAAAAUGGACAAGGGACUGGGGGAAGGCCAGGCUGGGGUGGGGGGGCUGUUCAUGCCUCCUGUCAACCCCCUCGCCUGCCUUCACAACCCCUCCUCCCCGCCUUCUAUACUUGGGGAGCACAGUGGGAGUGCGGGGGCCGCCUAGACCCUGGGCUGACCCGUCUCCCCGUCGCGCCUGCUCCUGCUCUCUGCACAUCGGCUUCUCCCCAAACUCACCUGGCAUGACUGCGCCCAGGCCGUGGACUUGUCCCCAGAGCCUCAGUCCCCAGCCCAGCAGGCUCUGGGACCCCACUCCCUAGCAUCGCUUGUAGGCAAGGGCUGGGGACGGAGCUGCAGCCCCACGGCGCGUCCCGUCUGGUCCCUGGCUUCCCAG